AUGGCCUCCCCGCUCCUGCACCCGCUCGUCGCCCGCCUCGAGCCCGUCGUCUUUCUGCGGUCCCUUUUCCUCACCGCAGCCUCGAUUGUUCUCGCCGUCGACGCCGUCCCAGCCUUCCGCUCUCGCUUCCUGGCUUACGGUUCGCGCACAGCAAACACGUCCGCAGCCCCAGCCUCGCGCCCACGCAAUGCAUUUGCCGCCGUGCUCGACCACCUGGCGACGUACCGCGUCCCGCACAGCUGGUUCGCCCACUUCUACGUCCUGUCCGUGCUCGGCUCCGGCUUCUGGGCGGAGCAGUAUGCCACCGAUGGCGCCCUCCUGAAACUCGUCGCCGGCAAGGCCACCGGCCAUCGUACAGCCACCAUGUCGGUGGCACGAGUCCGUCUAGCCUGGCUGCUUAUGCUCGUACAAGGCUCGCGGCGUCUGUACGAGUCCGCCGUUCUGUCGCGUCCGUCUUCAUCCAACAUGUGGAUCACGCACUGGCUGUUGGGCCUGCUAUUCUACGGCGCCAUGUCGAUUGCCAUCUGGGUCGAAGGGACGCCGGCCUUGCAAUCGUCGGGUGGCGGGAACGGAAGCACGGCACCGCCGCUGGAUCUGCAGCUCGUCACGGGCACCUUGCUUUUUCUCUGGGCUUCCAAGCAGCAGCACGACGCCCACGCACAUCUCUUUGGCCUGCGCAAGUACACCCUGCCCACCCGAGGGGCUUUCCGCUACAUUGUGUGUCCGCACUACACGUUCGAGUGCGCCAUCUACUUGGCCUUGUCAGUUGUAGCUGCGCCGGUGGGACAAUUGGUCAACAAAACGGUGCUGUGUGCUCUGAUCUUCGUAGGCGUGAAUCUGGGCGUGACUGCCGCUGGGACGAAGGAGUGGUAUGCGACGAAAUUCGGUAGGGAGACGGUGGAGAGACGAGCGAGGAUGGUGCCGUUUGUCUGGUGA